AUGAGCGACGAUGCGGCGUCUGACUCAUCGGAUCUGAGGUCUUCCAAUGCCAGCCGAAAGACGUCCGCGAUAUCCCAUUCGAGUACCGAAACGCCAGUGGGUUCUCAAGAUCUAGGAGAUGUAGUUGAGGGCGGAGUAAGUCCAACUGACGAUGCGGACUCGACCUUUGGGAAAGGACCGCCCUCCUCCUCCGCUUCACUUCCGUCCUGCAUCACGGAGUACGAGUGGAAAUAUGGCCGUCGCUACCACAGCUAUCAAGCUGGGCUAUACUGCUUUCCGAACGACGAUAGAGAACAGAACAGGCUCGACAUGCUACAUCAUGUUUUCCUUCUGGCUCUGGAUGAUCGUCUCUUUCUUGCACCAAUCGGCCUGAAUCCGAGCCACAUACUCGAUGUGGGUGCUGGCACUGGAAUAUGGGCCAUGGAAGUUGGAGAUCAGUACCCGUCGGCGGAGGUCCGAGGCUAUGAUCUGAGCCCCAUUCAGCCACAACACGUGCCCCCAAACGUCGAUUUUUUUGUCGAUGAUGUCGAAAAGGAGUGGUUCGAGUCCGCUGAGUACGACUUCGUACACUUGCGGAACUUGCUAGGGUCGAUAGCAAACUGGCCACAACUCGUUCGUCAGAUAUACGAGAAUCUCAAACCAGGAGGCUGGGUUGAACUUCAAGGGAUCCUCAAUCAACCAUAUUCAGAGGACGGAACUCUCUCGUCGGACAGUCCUGUUGUGCAGUUGAUGGAUGGUCUGAGGCAAGCUGGACGCAAGCGUGGACGAGACAUGGACCCAGCAUCGUCAUUUAAGCGAUGGGUAGAGUCAGCCGGAUUCGUGAUGGUUCAAGAAAGACGCUUUUCUCUGCCCGUUGGAGGCUGGCCAAAAGAUCCGAAGCUCAGAGAGAUUGGUAUCUUUAUGGCGCAAGGCCUUCGAGAGGGUAUCGAAGGUCUAACGGCUGUUCCGUUCAGGGAGAUCUUGGGCUGGUCCAAGGAGGAGGUGCAUGUUCUGAAUGCGACUGUGCUCCGGAUGAUUAGGCGCCGAGACCGCCACCUUGUGUUCGAUUACGUCGUUGUCACUGGCAUGAAACCAAUGACUGGCUCUUGA